AUGGAUCAGUACCAAUACCCCUCGAGCACGCGAGGUGUCCCUGCUCCUCCGCCAACCGGUGCCGCCGAGAAGUCAAGCCAGCUGCUGAUCCGCGACUAUCCUCACCGAGCAAUCGCCAUUGUGACGGGGAGCCACGCCCUAAUAUUCCGAUACAGCCCUACCACGAGCGAAGCAAUUGCAGAUGGCUCGCUCGCAUCCGUCGCCUCGUCCCGAGCCCGCGCCAGCAACGAAGGUCCCACGUCGAAAUGCAUGGUCGAAUUUACACCCGCAUCGAGGCAGCUGCUCAACGAUUUCCGACCUCUGAUCCCUCGCCCGAUCUUUGGCACGCUGGGGCUCAUCUCCAUCAACCGGGAUGUCUUCCUGUGCGUGAUAACACAUGCAACGCGAGUUGCGACACUGCGACCUGGCGAGACGGUCGAGAAGAUUGCUAGUGUCGAGUUCUUUUGCCUGAACAGCGCCGACUACGAUCAUGUCAUCUCUCUGAACCCAUAUGAUGGCGAGCUUUCCGACCCUGCGGCAGCCUACGGCCAGAACCUCGGUCGGAGGGAAGGCGAGGUAGAAUACCCGUACCAAGAGCUGCAGAAGUUGUUGAGCAAUGGGAGCUUCUAUUACAGCACGGAUUUCGAUCUGACCAACCGGUUGCAAGACAGGCCCGUCGACUCGGCAACCUUUGAUAUAGACAACUUCGAUGAUUCCUUUCUAUGGAACUCGUUUAUGAUCAGCCCUCUUGUCAAGUUCCGAUCGCGACUAGUGGCACACGAGCGUGAGGCUCUCGAUGCUUCCCGAAUCCUGACUUCCGCUAUACGUGGAUUCUGCUUGACCAUGACGAUACCCCAGUCGGCAGCACCGCUGCGAGGUGCCAACUCCGGUCUGCCUUCGUUUUUGACCGUCGUUUCUCGUUUGUCGUGUAGAAGGGCAGGAACCCGUUUUAACAGUCGAGGUAUCGACGAUGAAGGCCACGUGGCAAACUUCGUCGAGACCGAAACGAUCUACUGGAGCCCGUCAGGUGUUCUCUUCUCCUACGCGCAGGUUCGCGGCUCAGUGCCAGUAUUUUGGGAACAGACCGCUGGGCUUAUCCCUGGCCAGCAAAAGAUCUCAGUUACGCGGUCGGCCGAUGGGACCCAACCAGCAUUUGACAGACACUUCGAUGAACUGGAACAGUCAUAUGGAGCAGUUCACAUCGUCAACCUGCUCAGCGAGUCUAAACCUGGGGAAGCAGAGCUCACAAAUCUAUACCACUAUGGCGUGCAGCACUGUCCCCUCAGCCGUCACAAUGACAAGCAGGCAUCUGACCAUGCCUUAUUGCGGGAAACGGACUACGAUUUUCAUGCGGAAACGAAGGCUGCCGGCUAUGAAGCUGCCAGGGAGAUUCGGCGAUAUAUUGAGCAUUCUGCCGAUGGCUUUGCAUACUAUCUCGCGGAGCAAACGGAUGAUGCAGAUGAUGUCGCAGACAAGCCGAAAAGUCAGCCCCGGGUAGUUGUUGUCCUGCAGCAAGAAGGCGUCUUCCGCACCAAUUGCUUGGACUGUUUAGACAGGACAAACCUAAUACAGACACUGAUCUCGCAGAUGGCUGUCGAGGCAUUUCUGAGCCAUCGAGCUGAAUACGCUGCGUCAGACUUCUGGGUGCGGCAUUCCACUCUCUGGGCUGAUAAUGGUGAUGCGCUUUCGAGAAUAUAUGCUGGAACAGGCGCUCUAAAGUCGUCAUUCACAAGACAUGGCAAGAUGUCGUUGGCUGGCGCUUUUGCAGACGCGCGGAAAAGUGCAACAAGACUCUACAUCAACAAUUUCACCGACAAAGCAAGACAGAACACAAUCGACAUGCUUCUGGGGCGGUUGGUCGGUCAAGCCCCUGUACAUCUGUUUGACCCUAUAAGUGAUUUCGUCUCUGUUGAGCUCAGCAAGCGAAGCCCCGAGUAUUCUUCAACCGAGUCCAUUACCAUGUGGGUUGGUACUUUCAACCUGAAUGGACGCACUACCGGGAUCAACGAUGAUCUGUCUUCCUGGCUCUGGCCACAAGAACUAGGUUCUCAAGAGCCUGACAUCGUGACUGUUGGGUUUCAAGAGAUCGUUGAGCUGAGUGCUCAGCAGAUCAUGAAUAGCGACCCUAGUCGGAAGCAGGAAUGGGAACGGGGUAUCAAAAAGACUCUGAACGCCCGCGCCAAAGCAACAGGGAAAGAGAAAUAUGUGCUACUCCGCAGCGGCCAACUAGUCGGUGCCGCCCUAUGCAUCUUCGUCAAAGCAUCAGCUCUCCCCAAGAUCAAGAAUGUGGAGGGUAGUGUCAAGAAGACUGGCAUGUCGGGCAUCGCGGGGAACAAGGGCGCGGUUGCUAUCAGAAUGGAGUAUGCGAAUACCCAAAUAUGCUUUGUUACGGCCCAUUUGGCUGCCGGCUUUGCCAACUAUGAUGAGCGGAACAGAGAUUAUGCCACAAUCCACCAUGGGCUGCGUUUCCAGAGGAACAGAGGCAUUGAUGAUCAUGAUACCGUCAUCUGGCUUGGGGAUUUCAACUACCGUAUCGGGCUGUCUCAUGAAAGGGCCAUGGACCUUGCUAAGAGAAAGGACCUGGAGAAGCUCUAUGAAAAUGAUCAGUUAAAUCUGCAGAUGGUUGCUGGUCUUUCUUUCCCGUACUAUUCCGAAGCUAGGAUUACCUUUAUGCCAACGUACAAGUACGAUAUAGGCACGGACAGCUUCGACACUUCUGAAAAAGCACGCAUCCCUGCUUGGACUGAUCGUAUCUUACGAAAAGGCACCAACAUCAGGCAAUUAUCAUACAACUCCGCCCCUCUCCGAUUUUCAGAUCAUCGACCAGUGUAUGCAACAUUCCAGUGUACGGUAAACAUUGUCGACGAGGCUCUUCGAGAGCACAUUAGCCGCCAACUCUACGAACGCCGCAAGGCGGAGGUGGGCCACACGACGGUAACCCUCGACAGCGAAUACUCGGAAGAUGAUGAAGACCUCAUUGGGUAUGAUCCGAUCGAACCAGGUCUUCCGCCCGCGAGUUCCGACCAGCAGAGGUGGUGGCUUGACAACGGCAAGAUGGCGAAGUCCACAAUCGCUCCGCCAAAGUCUAGCAACGGAAAGCUCGAUGACUCUGCAAUGACAUUGAACCCCAAUCGUCCCUCAAAUCCGUUUAACAUCACGGAAGAGCCUGAUUGGGUUGCAGUGCCACGAGCCAGUUCAAGGCUCUCCUCAUUCUCUAGCAUGUCCAGUUCGCCGUACGAGCAUGUCAACCACUCUACACUCCUUUCGACCUCUGCCUCCAGCUCGGCGCCUAGGAAGCUGCCGCCGCCAUAUGAUCCUUCAUCGUUGCCCGCUAAGGUCGGGCGCGAGCCCACAGCCCAUUUCGUGGGCAUCGAGAUCUGCUACCCUACCUCCACCGCAGUCCAGAGCAGUAUCUACAUCCUCACAAACGUCGAACAAAUCCAGGACGCCUCCAACAGUGGCUCAAAAGCCCGCCCACCUCACAUCUACCUCGCCGGCUACCAGCCCCUCCCUGCCAGAUAG